CUUGGCCUUGGUUAAUAAAGAAUUUUAAUCAAACUUUUUAUAUUACUUAUGUUUGAAAGUACAAUCAAAUCGCGAUGAGAGCGAUUGUGUAGAUAAAAGAAAAUCUAAAACUACGAGAAGAAAGAGAUUUUUGUCUUAUUGUAUUAAUGCAUUAUAAACAAACGUAAUUAGUCUUAUCUAGUACCUAUAAUUUCUAAAGGUAUUUCUCAAGCAAACAAUUCCUGGACGGAUUCGCGGAUGAUGUGAUUUGCAAAUUACGAGACGACACAAAAAAUUAAAAGAAAAUAUGUUGAUCGAAUAAUUCAAAUUCCUCACAUGAGUAUCAGAUUUAAUGGCGUUCGGCGCUGGUUGUAAAGCGUCUUAAUACGUCUGAAAUGUAACCAACUCCGUGGCGCGAUAAAUUGAAAAGCACGGUACAGUAGUACUGAAUCGAAAUUCGUGGUCAUACGGAGGUAUUUACGGCUGCUAGAUAAUAUAUUAUGAAAGCGAUGUCCCAUCAUUACGUAGUGACGGCACAUAAACCAACGGCUGUCACUGCCUGUGUAACUGGUAAUUUUACUUCACCUACUGAUUUGAAUCUGAUAUUGGCAAAGAAUGUUCGUUUGGAAAUAUAUCUGGUGACUCCAGAAGGUCUAAGACCUCUUAAAGAAGUCGGAAUCUACGGCAAGAUAGCUGUUAUAAAGUUCUUCCGACCGCCGCAUGAAAAAAAAGAUCUUCUGUUUCUAUUAACAACGCGCUACAAUGCUAUGAUUUUGGAAUGCAUCGGUGAAGGAGAGGACAUAGAGAUUAUAACAAAAGCUCAUGGAAAUGUAGCAGAUCGUAUUGGAAAAGCUUCUGAAACUGGAAUCAAAGCUGUUAUUGAUCCAAAAGCACGAGUAAUCGGUCUGAGAUUAUACGAUGGUCUGUUUAAGAUCAUACCUUUAGACAAAGAUAAUCCAGAACUGAAAGCAUCCUCGAUUCGUAUGGACGAGCACCAAGUGCAGGAUGUCAAUUUUCUUCAUGGAUGCGCUAAUCCCACCUUAAUUCUAAUUCAUCAAGACAUUAACGGUAGGCACGUAAAAACACACGAGAUUAAUUUGAGAGAGAAGGAAUUCUCAAAGAUACCAUGGAAGCAAGACAACGUAGAGCGAGAAGCUAUGAUGGUCAUUCCAGUUCCUUCUCCUAUUUGCGGUGCGAUUAUAAUAGGACAAGAAAGUAUUUUAUAUCAUGACGGUACUACAUACGUUGCUGUCGUACCACCGAUUAUAAAGCAAAGCACUAUUACCUGCUACGCCAAAGUGGAUAAUCAAGGACUCAGAUAUCUAUUAGGAGAUAUGGCUGGACAUCUGUUUAUGCUGUUUCUGGAACAAGAAAAAAAACCGGACGGAACGCAAGUGGUGAAGGAUUUGAAAGUUGAGCUUUUAGGCGAGAUCAGUAUACCAGAGUGUAUAACUUACUUGGACAAUGGCGUGAUAUAUAUUGGCAGUCGCCUAGGUGAUUCCCAGUUGAUCAAAUUAAUUACAAAGGCAGAUGAGAAUGGGUCCUAUUGCGUGCCUAUGGAAACCUUCACUAAUCUGGCGCCUAUUGUUGACAUGGCUGUAGUAGAUUUGGAAAGACAAGGCCAAGGACAGAUGGUUACUUGUUCCGGUGCCUUCAAAGAAGGUUCUCUCAGAAUAAUUAGAAACGGCAUAGGUAUACAGGAACAUGCGAGUAUCGAUCUACCAGGAAUUAAAGGCAUGUGGGCUCUGAAGGUUGGUAGUGGGAAUUUCGACAACACACUGGUGCUAUCUUUCGUCGGGCAUACUAGAAUCCUAACGUUAAACGGCGAGGAAGUCGAGGAGACUGAUAUACCUGGUUUCGUUACGGACGAGCAGACGUUCCACACAGGUAAUGUUACGAAUGACUUAUUCAUCCAGAUAACUCCGAUAUCUGCCAGAUUAAUAUCAUACGAGAGCAAGAUGGUUAUCUCUGAAUGGGAACCGGAAAAUAAAAGGACCAUCAGUGUGGUAGCUUGCAACGGCACGCAGGUGCUUUGCGCCACGGGAAAUGAUUUAUUCUACAUGGAAAUCUCAUGCAAUCAGAUUGUAUCCAAAGGAUUCGCCAUCUUGCAACACGAAGUGGCAUGCUUGGAUAUUUCUCCCCUGGAUGGCAUCAAUGAGGCGAAGAUCGUCGCUGUUGGACUCUGGACGGAUAUAUCUGUUCGUAUCCUGACUCUGCCUGGCUUGGAAGAGAUCAACAAGGAGCUUCUCGGUGGUGAAAUUAUACCCAGGUCCAUAUUAAUGACUUGUUUCGAGGGUAACACGUACUUACUUUGCGCACUGGGCGACGGCAGCAUGUACUACUUCACACUGCACAGACAGAAUGGUGUGUUGUCAGACAAGAAGAAAGUUACUCUGGGAACACAGCCCACGAUUCUUCGAACCUUCCGGUCACUGUCCACGACAAACGUAUUUGCAUGUUCAGAUAGACCGACCGUAAUUUAUUCUUCGAACCACAAGCUCGUUUUUAGCAAUGUUAAUCUCAAGGAAGUAAAUCAUAUGUGUUCCCUGAACGCGGAAUCCUACCCCGAUAGUCUGGCAUUGGCGACUGACAGCACCGUUACCAUCGGCACGAUCGACGAGAUUCAGAAACUUCACAUUAGAACAGUUCCGCUCGGAGAAUCGCCAAGAAGAAUUGCUUACCAGGAGAGCUCGCAGACCUUCGGCGUUAUCACGAUGCGUGUCGAUGUACAGGAAAGCAACGGUGUGAAUAUCGUCAGACAUUCUGCGUCCACUCAGGCAGUGUCCAGCAGCCUCGCGUCGCACAACAAACCGACCGGACACACGGCUAGCGAGAUCGGCCAAGAGAUCGAGGUUCACAAUCUCCUCAUAAUCGAUCAACACACCUUCGAGGUGCUGCACGCGCACACGCUAUCGCCUAGCGAAUAUGCGCUAUCGUUGAUCUCCACGAGAUUAGGCGAAGAUCCGACCUCCUAUUUCGUCGUUGGCACUGCGUUCAUAAAUCCCGACGAAACUGAGCCAAAGUCCGGCAGAAUACUGUUGUAUCAGUGGAGUGAAGGAAAGCUCACACAAGUCGCGGAUAAGGAGAUCAAGGGAUCGUGCUAUUCCCUGGUCGAAUUUAAUGGGAAGCUUUUGGCGAGCAUCAACAGCACCGUACGAUUGUUCGAGUGGACCGCGGAGAAAGAGCUUAGACUGGAAUGUAGCCAUUUCAAUAAUAUUAUAGCUCUUUAUCUAAAAACCAAGGGUGACUUCGUCUUGGUGGGAGAUCUCAUGAGAUCCCUCACGUUGCUCCAGUAUAAAACUAUGGAGGGCAGCUUCGAAGAGAUAGCCAGAGACUACAAUCCCAACUGGAUGACCGCUAUCGAGAUACUAGAUGACGAUACGUUCCUAGGUGCUGAAAAUUGCUUCAAUCUCUUUGUAUGUCAGAAAGAUAGCGCCGCAACUUCCGAGGAUGAGAGGCAACAGAUGCAGGAGGUGGGUCAAUUUCACCUGGGCGAUAUGAUUAACGUCUUCCGUCACGGUUCAUUGGUCAUGCAGAACCUGGGAGAAUCGAGUACACCGACUCUAGGUUGCGUAUUGUUCGGCACCGUGAGCGGGGCGAUCGGCCUGGUGACGCAAAUCCCGUUUACAUUCUACGAAUUUCUGCGCAACUUGGAGGACCGACUGAACAGCGUAAUAAAAAGCGUAGGCAAAAUAGAACACAACUUUUGGAGAAGCUUCAACACGGAGCUAAAAAUGGAGCAGUGCGAGGGAUUCAUAGACGGUGAUUUGAUAGAAAGUUUCCUCGACUUGAGCCACGAUAAAAUGACAGAAGUUACGAUGGGCUUCAUGAUCGAUGAUGGCAGCGGCAUGAAAAAGGAAGCUACGGUAGAUGAUCUUGUAAAAAUAGUGGAGGAUCUGACAAGGAUACAUUAAUAAUGUUACAUAAGUCGUAUCCAAUCUGUGGAUUAUCUGUAUAAGGAUAUUAGAAGAUAAAUAAAAACUAAGAGAGAAGUAUCUUCAAAAGAA